UAGGACGCCGCUGGCUCUAAGCAGAAACUAUGGCCGUCGCGAUGCAAACGGAGGAUUUUCCUUACCUACCUUCGGGGCCGGCGGAGGUAAAUAAGAUGAUAAAGGAGCACGGUGACCUGUUUUCUGACUCCCAGUGUAAAGUCUGCAGUGCUGUCCUCAUUUCUGAGUCUCAGAAGUUGACUCAUUAUCAGAGCAAGAAACAUGCCAAUAAAGUGCGCCGUUAUUUUUCCCUCCAAAAUGAGAAGGAGCCAACGGUCAAGAAGUUCAAGACAUCAUCUGACAGUCAGGACUGUAACAAUGGAGACAGCGACCGGAUGAAGGAGUGUCAUGUAUGUAACAUGACCUUCUCCUCUCCUGUGAUGGCCGAGUCUCACUACCAGGGCAAAGUUCACGCCAAGAACUUGAGGUUGAAAACCUUCGGGCCCCAGGCCCCAGUAGCCUCCCAAACACCACCAACAGUGCAGCCGAAGAAGAAACCUGCAGAUGAUUCUAGCGGUAUGUCGGUGACGGGUGGCAACAACAACAACCCAGACCGUUUCUGCUCCAUCUGCCAGGCCUCCUUCAACAACCCGCUCAUGGCCCAGCAGCACUAUGUGGGCAAGAAGCAUAGAAAACAGAUGACCAAGCUGAAGCUGAUGGAGACGUACGGCCCCUCCACUGCACCAGCAUCCACACUAAAGGGCUAUCCCUGCACCGUCUGCAACAUCGAGCUAAACUCUGUGGAGCAGUACCAGUCUCACAUCAGUGGUGCCAAACACAAGAACCAAGUGAAGAAAUCAGGCCUGAACACCGCAGAGAACCAAGACGCAGCAGAACAGAACUACGAGGGCGACAGCCAGUACACCGGCGGAGACAACCAGUUCACUGCAGCAGAUGACCAGUACACCCCCGGGAACGACCAGUACACCCCCGGGGAUGACCAGUACACCCCUGGGGAUGACCAGUACGCCCCCGGAGACGACCAGUAUGCCCCUGGGGAUGACCAGUUCGCCCCCGGGGACGACCAGUACGCCCCUGGAGAUGACACACAUUUGAUCAUCUCUCCAGCCGGUGUUGAAGACUUUGGAAAGGAAGUGAAAUCACAGCCUGAUGAGUCACUGUAGCCACACCUGAUGCCGCCGCCACUGUCCAGGCAGGUGAAGAAAAACUUUGUCUCCAUUCUGGAUUGAGUUUGUAAAACCUGAUCUCAUUAUAUGAAUCAUUAGCUGAAUCUGACUUGGUUUUACUGUUUAACUUUUUUAUUUAAAGCCAAAAUAUCUCCAGAAGUUGCUUUUUUGUUGUUGUUUUUCAUUGUUGGUUGUUUGGUGUUAAACAUCGAGCAGCAGAUUGUGAUUCACUCGAAUUUCUUUUUAAUGUGACAAAGCUGAUGUUUCUGUUCAGAUUCUGCGUUUAUGUUGUACUCUCCAGUUUUUACUGUAAACUCAAAAAUGAUUAUUUUAAUGGCCCAGUCACACGUUCCUGUUUUUCUUUCUGUCUGUAGGUUGCAGAACAAACAGGAGUGAAUAGUUUUCCUGCAGGAGACUAGAAAUGAUACUGCAAGAAUGUAAAUCUUUGUCUGAGGCUCAUCUUUAAUGCUAAAAAAGGAUCCUGUGAUCUCAGAGAGCCGAAAUUAGAUCCUCUACUGCUUCACAAAGAACCUGAGUGUGUCACCAGUGAGCAUUUUGUAGAGGUUGAUGUCAUUUUAUAAAGUUUGAACAGUUAAUAAGAAAACGGAGAGAAGGAAAGGAUGAUGAUGGAAAAACAUGAAUUCUGUCCUCUCAUUUCAAAUCUCUAACAGCUGUGAGUUCAAGUGUGUUAAAGCUUUUUUGUACCGUUGAGUUUUAUUUUACUGAAGGGCGAAAAGAUUUUUAAAUCCUUUGCUUCUGUGUCGGGGCUUUAUAAACUCUAGAAGAGACCGAUAGAUGCUUUCUGAGCUCUGUAAUUACUGUCAAUAGCAGAGAUGACAAUAUUUACUGCAUCGAUUUUCAAGUAUGAUGUCAAUAUUAGAAAGUGAUGUCAAUGUUAGAAUAACUUUCUUUUCGUCCAUUUGUCCUCAUUCAAGAUGACAGGUUGAGUAUUUUAGGAUUAAAUGUUCAACCUUCUGGCUAAAGACAAAAAAAGAUUUUUUUUUGGAUGUAAUUUCUACAAAGAGGGCUUGUACACGCUGUAUGUAGAGUUCACGGUGUGUAAAAGACAAAUGGCUUUUUUUAUUUGUUUUCACCCUCAUCGUUUGUGUGUUAGGUGUUUUGUGAUUUAAGAUUUACUUUGAAUAUAAGUUGUGUAUAACUGAGGGAAAAUAAAUGCCGCAAAGAUGUGCAAAAAGUAAA